GAGAGCAGGCAGUUCAACCGCGCGUUCGGCUGCUGUCGAGGAGGAGGCCAGAGCCCCGGGAGAGGAUGCGCCCCGCGGAGCCGCCUGGGCCUGCGGGAGCCUGCUGCACUUGAGAUGGAGUUACUGCCCCUCUGGCUCUGCCUGGGUUUUCACUUCUUGACAGUGGAAUGGAGGAAUCGAAGUGGAAUUGUCAUGGCCACUUCCCAAGGGGGCUGUGAGUUGCUGGAUGGAGUCGCUGACUGUCGAGGCCAGAACCUUGCUUCAGUGCCCGGCAAUCUCCCGCCAUCCUCCCAGACACUCCUCCUGGAUGCCAACCCGCUCAAGACCCUGUGGAACCACUCGCUGCAGCGCUACCCUCUCCUGGAGAGCCUCAGUCUGCACAGCUGCCGCCUGGAGCACAUCAGCCGCGGCGCCUUCCAGAAGCAGGCUCGCCUGUGCAGCCUGGCGCUGCCUGACAACUCCCUCUCCGAGAGCUACAAGGAGGCAGCAGCCGCUCUCCACGGCCUGCGGGGUCUGCGCAGGCUGGACUUGUCAGGGAACUCCCUGACGGAGGACAUGGUGGCCCUCAUGCUACAGAACCUCUCUUCGCUGGAGUCCGUGUCCCUGGCGCGGAACACCAUCAUGAGGCUGGAUGACUCUGUCUUUGAGGGCCUGGGCCGCCUCAGGGAGCUGGAUUUGCAGAGGAACUACAUCUUUGAGAUCGAGGGUGGUGCUUUCGACGGCUUGCCCGAGCUGAGACACCUCAACCUGGCCUAUAACAACCUCCCUUGCAUUGUGGACUUCGGCCUCACCCAGCUGCGGUCCCUCAACGUCAGCUACAACGUCCUGGAGUGGUUCCUGGCGUCGGGGGGAGAGGCCACCUUUGAGCUGGAGGCGCUGGACCUCUCUCACAACCAGCUGCUGUUCUUCCCCCUCCUGCCGCAGUGCAGCAAGUUGCACACCCUCCUGCUGCGGGACAACAACAUGGGCUUCUACAGGGACCUGUACAACACCUCGUCGCCGCAGGAGAUGGUGGCCCAGUUCCUCCUCAUGGACGGCAACGUGACCAACAUCAGCACCGUCAACCUCUGGGAAGAGUUCUCUUCCAGUGACCUCUCUGAUCUCCGCUUCCUGGAUAUGAGCCAGAACCAGUUCCAGUAUCUGCCAGACGGUUUCCUGAAGAAAAUGCCUUCCCUCUCCCACCUGAACCUCAACCGGAACUGCCUGAUGACGCUCCACAUCCGGGAGCACGAGCCGCCAGGAGCGCUCACCGAGCUGGACCUGAGCCAGAACCAGCUGUCGGAGCUGCACUUGGCUCCGGGGCUCCCUGGCUGCCUGAGGAGCCUCCGGUCCUUCAACCUGAGCUCCAACCGGCUCCUGGGUGUCCCCACUGGCCUUUUUGCCGAUGCCAGUAACCUCGCUACAAUCGACAUGAGCCACAAUCAGAUCUCGCUUUGUCCCCGGCCGGGGGACUUAGACCCCGGGGGCGCCCCCGGCUGUGUGAACUUCAGAAACGUGGCGUCUUUGCGGAGCCUGUCUCUGGAGGGCUGUGGGCUGGGGGCACUACAAGACUGCUCGUUCCAGGGCACGGCCCUCACCCACUUAGACCUGUCUGGCAACUGGGGGCUUCUGAAUGGGAGCACCGCCCCUCUCUGGGACAUUGCCCCCACGUUACAGGUCCUGUCUCUCAGGAACGUGGGCCUCAGUUCCAGCUUCAAGGAGUUGGACUUCUCUGGGUUUGGGAAUCUGAGGGACUUGGAUCUGUCGGGAAAUGCCUUGACCAGUUUCCCAAGGUUCAGGGGCAGCCUGGCCCUGCAGACCCUGGAUCUCCGCAGAAACUUGCUCACGGCCCUUCCUCAGAGGGCUGUGUCUGAGCAGCUCGUGGGAAGUCUGCGGACCAUCUACCUCAGCCAGAAUCCGUAUGACUGCUGUGGGGUGGAGGGCUGGGGGGCCCUGCAGCGCCUGCACACUGUCGCCGACUUGGCCAUGGUCACUUGCAACCUCUCCUCCAAGAUCAUUCGCCUGACGGAGCUGCCCGGAGGCGUUCCUCAGGUCUGUAAGUGGGAGCGGGUAGACAUGGGCCUGCUGUACCUCGUGCUCAUUCUCCCCAGCUGCCUCACCCUGCUGGUGGCCUGCACCGUCAUCUUCCUCACCUUCAGGAAGCCUCUGCUUCAGGUGGUCAAGAGCCGCUGCCACUGGUCCUCCAUAUACUGACCUGGCUACGUGCCCACAUUAGACACUUGGUCUGUACACGUAAGGACACUUUCUCUGCCAGGUUUCAAGAUCUGGUGCAGAGGACAAGUCUGAAGAACUGAGGUUUAAAUGAAAGUUUAAAAUGUUUCCAUCCCUUAGUUGUCCCAAGUUCUUCCUCUAUCAUUGUGAUGCAUCCUCUAUCAUCCUGGUAAAAUAUUUAUUAAGUGACAUUCUAUGAAAAUAAAAAAUGUGUCUUAUAAAUAUUUUUUAAAUCAAA